CAUGCUGUGCACAAACACACACACACGGCUCAAAGUACAGAUACAAGGGCACACACACACACACACACACACACACACACACACACACACACUGCAAAUCUGAUUCUCCUGUAGAGCUCUAAUAAUGAGAGACACUUCAACACAUGAUGAGGUGCAGGAUGACUUCCACACCAGAGACACCACUACCUUCUGGAGGAAAGAGGGCUCCUUCAGUGUGAUUGCAGCUUCCCCUGGUCGCUCUCGAUGGUGUGUGUGUGUUUUCACGUUUUUGGCUGUUGUGCUGCUUGCAAUCAUUAUCUCCAUCUCUCUAACCAAGGCGCAAGUGGACAGAAGGUUCGCAGCUGUAGAAAGUGACAUGAAGAAUUUGAAUCAGUCUUUUGUGUCACUCAUCAACAAGAUACAGCAGCUGGAGAACCAUGGUACCGAGGUUGUUCGGAGUGUUAAUGGUCUGAGACUCAGUUUGAACAGUCUACAAACUCAGGCUGAAGACUUCUUCACUCAGGUAGACAACAUACAGGAAGCAGUGACUCAUCUGAAAUGUCGUUUCAACACACUCCAAAACAACACCCAACAUCAGUGUUGUCCAUCGGAUUGGCAGCUUUUCUUUUCACACUGUUAUUAUUUUUCUGAUUAUGGAAAGUCAUGGAAUGAAGCUCGAGAUACGUGUGUGAACAUGAAAGCAGAACUGCUGAUCCUGAAGAACAAAGAGGAGAAGGAGUUUGUGAUAAAGAACACCAGGCCUUUUUACUACUGGCUUGGUCUGAGUGAUGAGAGAACGGGAGUGUGGGAGUGGCUGGAUGGAACACUGUACGAGAUGAACAAGAGUGAAUGGAUGCCUGGUCAGCCUGAUAACUGGCAAUUACAUGGUCUGGGUGGAGGAGAAGACUGUGCUCACUUCCACAGAGAUGGAAGAUAUAAUGAUGAUCACUGCUCCCGAAAAUACCGUUUCGUCUGUAAAUCACAUGCAUACACAAUGUGAUAAUAAUAAACACACACACUCAUUCACUUUGAAUGUGAAUUAACUAGCACUAAGAGCUAAUAAUCCACUCAUUUAAAAUCUUAUUGCAAUUCCAUCAGUUACCACAAAGAGGCAGAAGUUCACUCAUGCUUUGAAUAUUAUAUAUGUCGUUUUGAUUAUUGACUUUAAGAAUCAGUUGUAGUUUGUAUUUCAUUGGCAUUUGUGGUAAUGUUUUUAAGAUUAAUGUUGUCUUAAAAUGUAGUUCUAUUCUUUAUGCUCAUCCUAUCACCAUUCCAUUUCAUUUUAAAAAAUUGUGUAAAUGACUUAAGUUUGGAUUAAAUCACAAAAGGCAUUAGAUCAGGUUGUCUGAGACAUUCCUAAUCUUCAGCCUCAUGUCUGUAAGACUCCUGAAUGAGCUCCACUCUGGAUAGAGAGAGUCAUGUUUCACACUCUUCUGCACUGCUCUUCUGAACCAUACAAUCAUUUCACGUGAUCAGUGAGACGAGAUGUUAAGGCAGUACUGAAACCCUCACGGCUCCUGCUGGAUGAUUACUGACAAAGGGAUUGCCUCUGUGUGUGAAUGAAUAUCUGUGAAAUGCU